AUGCAGAAAAAGACAGAGCGCACGAGUGGACAUGAGAAAAGAAAGAGCACAUGUGAAGAGAGGAGUAAAAAGUGUAAAGAAGACAAUUUAACUAAGAAUAAAGGAAAAGACAGGACUAAGAGUACAUUUAGUGUUUCAGAUGAGAAAAGAAGAGAGAUUAAGCGCAAGAAUAAAGCCAUGCCAUCUGAGAAGUCUUUAUUUAUAGGAAAGACCGUGAUUGUAAAAUAUUUAGGAAGGGAAAUAAGAGGUGUCUGUGAAGAAAUAGACACGUAUUUAAAUGUGGUAAUACGCGGAGAAAAGAACAUAUACAUUGUAAAGGGGAAUGUUGUUGAACAAAUAGAAGAAACACUGUGA